ACAUUAGGUUUCGAGGAUUUACAUACAGUCCGGCCAACUGAGGGUCGCCUUCCUCUCAACAAAAGCGAUUCGGUUGGACCGUCCGGCGUCAACGGGGCGACCAACAUUCCGCAGAAGCCCGACUCCCCCCUUUUGCCCGGUAAGACCCGUCUUGGCACAGCUUCCUGACCACCUCCUCGGCAACCUCGUACUUUCAACAAGACGAACACCUCAAACUCAUUCCAUCCACAUCACACGACAUCAUGUCGUUCCGGAUCGCCAAACCACGUCGACGAUCCUCGCUGUCCAUCUCGACCUCGUCUUCCCACGUCUCCCAGACCGACGACCGUCUGUCAUUCCCAAAGGAUAGCAAUAGUACCCUAGAGCGAAGACAAAGACACCACCAGAGAUACUCUUCACAAACGUCAUUCGACGCCGGACUAUCAGCACAUGCAGGAAAGGAGGAGACUACGUCAAACCGGACUUCCUUGAAAGACCUCCUCUCGCGUUCCCGCACCACUAGUAACGAUACCGAGAUCGGCCGUCCUGGACCUCACCAUCUUCGAACCCAGAUUUCGCCCAAAUUCUCACAAACACAGACAGGACAGGGUAGGAUGAAUUCGAUAGGAGAUGAACGGGACAAGGUCUGGGGUAUGCCUGAUUUCUAUGAGUCGGUCGAGCGCGAGAUAGAGCCGGGCAUCAAGGUGGUCUCUCUGCCCGAGUUAAAGCGGUUGAUGGAGCAUUAUCACGACCUGUCGGUCCCUACGAAAGCUCUGUUCCCGUGGCUGCACGGCAUAGGGGACGGACCGGACGGGGCAUAUGGACCUCUGGAGACUUUUUUCGGGAAUCCGCCAUUGGAUCCGCCUAGAUACCGGGGGUUAUGUGUGAUCAGGGCUCCUUACAUCCCUGGAAUGGCGAACGAGGAAGAAGAAACUGGGCCGUUGUUUAACACACGACCCGGUCCCAUAGUCCAUUCCGGCCCACCUACCGGACCCGAGCGCACGGAUGACGGCGAAACCCGAUCGACCGUCGGGUCCAUCUCUGUCGGUCAGCAUGGUCGGGAGGAUUCCAGUGGCAGGAGAGACACAAUUUCUUCUCAGAUCUCUUCUCCCUCGACUUACUACUCGGUCGGACCUUCCGAGUGGGGAGCAUCGUCUUACAACCAUUCUUCAUACGAGUCAGGCGUAUACUCUCCCCCUACGCGGACAGGGAGUCUGGCUUCAUACCCCGAAGAUGGUUCGCCAGGGGGAGGCGGUUGGAAGCUCGACGACAAGACGAUGAUAGGUGCGGAUCAUGCCACCGACAUCCUAGCGGCCAGCUUUGAUUCGACAAGGGGCGAAGAGGCUGUGCCGGAGGGUAUGCAUCCGACGUGCGUGAAGGCGCCUUUUACUAGGGUGGCCAAGCGUGCGAGCGAGGCUUCGGCACAUGCAGGGUCCGAAGUGGAAGUAGAAAAGGCGGCUUCGAAACUAGAGUCUCCCUCGGGGCCGGGAGCAUCUAAUCCGCACGAUCCCACUCAACGUCGGCCUUCAGAACCGGCGACAUUAGAUGUUGGAACGAGCGAUUCCACCAGACGAUCUACGUCCACGCCAGCAAUCCGCCGAUCGAUUUCGACCCCAGAGACGCCAGUAUCGCCUCAUCCUGCCGACCAGGUCUCUGGGCUCAGGACGAGCUCCGGUCGAGGGAUAUCCAGGACCUCCUCGCCCGCUCCUCCUAUGCUGCCAAAUGUACCCAGCCCGGUUAUGAGGACCCCUGACAUGGGUAACCUGACGAUACCUGAAGAUGACGACUCCGACGUCGAGGUCGAUCUGCCUACUGAAAACGACAUGGGGUAUGGAUUGCCAACCCCCGGGUUGCAAGAAAAUGCCCAACACCCGGAGCUCGAGCAGAAGAGUUGUAUGCUGGUCAACGCUCUUCGUGCCGAGACGUUGAUAGAUCUCGGUCAUGCUCAUGCCGGGGAUGGCGAGACAAGGUUCUUGCCACCCGAUCUGGGAGGUCAAGUCUCGUUGAGAAAUUUGAUGAUUCAGGAGAACAAGUAUGCCACGAUCUCGGAUCUCAUCAUUUACGCGCCACAAGGUCUGCAGAAGGAUUCUAACGGCAACUCCCCUCUGCUUGAUGUAGCGAAAAAGUUUGUCGAAGCGCAAGAGGCAACUUAUAGGGAAAGGUACGACCUCUUCUGCGAUGAAGUCAUGCGAGGGGAAGAGGACGAUGUUACACCUGGGUCAGGCGCGAAUGAGCAUUUUCCAAGCGAUAAACCGGGGGACGACAUGGUAAUCGAGCAUGCGCCACAAGAUGGUGUCGAGCCCGUCACCUAUACCGACGUCCUGGUUCAAGCUAAAUUACGAGAUCAGUGGCAGCAAGAUCAUCGGGCUGGGCUGCCGAUCCGAUACCGGGUCUAUAUCGUGACCGAAUCGUUUUCCGAAAUCGAAUGUCAGGUGCCUCAGUUGGUCGAAGCCACCAAGGAAGGUCUUAUCCGGCCAGAGCGCGACUUGUUUUUGAGGGAGGCUGCCGAAUCGACCAAGCUGGCAGGCGCGUCGAUGAUCGCAGAAGGCGUUUGGCUCGGCAAUGGACGAGACGAUCCGUUCCGACCCGAUAGGGUGUCACCCUGGCUGAAUGUCGACUUGGCCAUUGAGGCUCAUGACCUCGCCGACAUGCCAUGCGGGAAUACAAUCGAGGCGGUCCUCUCCACCAUUUCGAACCGGGCCAAAUCGCGGCCCCAUCACAGCAAGCACAAGGACCAGGAGCCGGUACCUAGCGAGACCGGUCCCGUGUACCUGGAAGUGGGCUCGUCCAGCCGGAGCAGUGGGUGCAACGGUCACUCCGAUGCUGAUCUGGCGGAAAGGCUCGUAUCGUUGGUCGAGUGUGUCAGCAAGGUCGUCAGAUACAAGCGCAAGGAUGGCAAGGAGAACAUGACGGUCCUUGUCUUUUGUGAUGACGGCUAUACUGAGACAAGCCUCUUUGCCUUGGCUUAUAUCAUGUUCACCCGGAACAUUAGUGUGAUAGACGCCUACUCGACCUUGCAUCUGGAACUUCGGCGUUCUUUCUUCGUCUAUCCCUUCGAUCUACAGUUCCUCAAAGCCAUCGAGCAUCGCAUUACCGAGGUCCUUGGGAAACCAAAGAGAGCUUCUAUCAGACCGACAUCACCCAUCGCCAAAUGGAACCCGUUCUCUUUCCCGCGCAGUCCCACCUCGAACGAAGGCAAAGAAGAGAGCAAGAUGAGCGUCAUCGGGAAGAGGAAAAAGUUGGACGGCUCGAGCGCUCCAAUCGAGUCCUGGAUGACCCAUUCACGUUUCGAUGGGUCUUUACCAUCCAGAAUCGACGAUCACUUGUAUCUCGGAAACUUAGGUCAUGCUCUGAACAGUGGGAUGCUCAAGGCGCUCGGUAUUACGCAUGUAGUGUCGGUUGGCGAGACCCUCGCCAACGAGACGUGCUUCAUCCAUGGUCACUACGUCGAUUCCAGCGAAUUGAGUGGCCACUGCAAACCCCAGCGCAAGCUCGACAAGGAAGAUCAAGCGAUUCGAAUAAUGGAUAUACAGAACGUCAAGGACGACGGGCAAGAUAAUCUGCAGCCAAAAUUCGCUGCCGCCUGCGCUUUCAUCGAGGAAGCGAGGUCAGGUGGAGGCAAAACGUUGGUACAUUGUCGCGUCGGCGUCUCUCGCAGUGCUACUAUCGUCAUUGCGUACCUCAUGAUGUAUGGGGGAAUGACCUUGAUGGACGCCUAUCUAAUGACCCGUGCCAGACGGUUGAAUGUCCUCAUUCAGCCUUCCUUACUCUUCUUGCGCGAGGCUCUACACCUCGAGAGUGACUUGAAUCGCGAAACGACCAAGCCCCUCAAGCUGACAUCCCGAUGGACAUGGCCCGUCUUGUGCCGCGAUAUUUGGAUGUUGAAUAAGCGAUAUCUUCAACCGAACUGAGACAGAUUGUAUGAAAGUCACCAGAACCGACGGAUCUUCUCGACGGAAACAACAGAACAAUCAGCACUGUAGCGAAUAUGUAGCCAGUAUGAUCGCGAGCGAAUUUCAAGUUGUAAAAUGUUCUAGUAUGACGAUGUAGAGUAUCCGUUAUUCAUCUUAUGUUAUGCUUUUGGGAGAUGGA